AGCAAACUUGUUUCAAUAACUUUCAUGUCCUCAGUUUUUAUCUACAAUAGAUAUACAGCGUUGACUUUGUUAUGUAAUAAAAUGUAGAGCAAGAAAGAGGCUUUAAUCGAGAAAGUUGACAUUACUGACAUUUCAGACAUGGAUUAUGGAUAGUGAAAGUUUUUUAUAUUAUUUCAAGUAUUUUUAGUUAAUUUUCAAUUAAACCCAAAGUCAAUAUCAAUAAGAAAAUCUACCUCAAAAUACCAGUGAAUCUCUAGUUUUGGAAAGUUAGAAGCAAUCAGACCUGUGUGAAGAAUGAGACUGGAUGAGAUUUUAGAAGAGAUUGGAGGGUUUGGGCGUUAUCAGAAAUGGAUUUUCUUCCUGACUUGCUUUCCUAAUCUCCUUGCUGGCUUCUUCAUGCUGAACCCCGUAUUUCUACUUGGAAUCCCUGAACACAGAUGUGUGAUUCCUGGCUAUGAUAAUGACACAUACGAGGUACAAAGUGAUGAACAUAGUGCUCUAAUAGACAAAUAUAUACCUAUGUCUUCUGACGAACAUCUGGAGUAUGACAGGUGUAAGGUGUAUGAAUACAUUGCAGAAAAUGGCAGCUUCACUUUCUACUGGACCUAUAAUUUUGGUGAGAACUCCACAGGCAAACAAACAGAAGAGCAGGGACCACGACAGGAAGUAAAAUGUAACAGAUGGGUUUACGACAAGUCAGUCUUCCACAACACUUUUGCUUCUCAGGUAGAUCUGGUGUGUGACAAGGAAAUAUGGGUAGCUAAUGCAGAAAUGAUCUUCUAUGGUGGAAUGCUGGUUGGGUCACUUGUUAGUGGAAUCAUUGCUGAUAGGUAUGGACGUAAACCAGUUAUGUAUGUAGCAGUGUUGCUGAUGGUGGCCUCCUCCUUUGGUCUGGCUUGGGUACAUGCGUACUGGUUAUUUUGUAUUGUUGAAUUUAUUUUAGGAGGCUCAAUUGUUGCUUCUUUCAUGCCAGCCUAUAUAAUAUCUCUGGAGAUGACAAGUGCUAAUAAAAGGGUGUGGCCAGGUGUUAUCUCAGACUUCCCUUAUGUACUGGGUUUGGUUCUGCUUGCAGCAAUAGCAUAUGCAUUACGUGACUGGUUCCAGAUUCAGCUCUAUACAGCCCUACCAGGAGUGCUCUUUGUCUUUUAUUGGUGGCUUAUACCAGAGUCGCCGCGGUGGCUGCUAAGCAAGGGUCGUGUCAAGGAAGCGGAGCAAAUUUUAAGAAAGGCUGCAAGAUGGAAUAAAGCUACAUUACCAAAAAAAUUGUUUGAUGAGUCCAUUGAAGAAGAUUCAGACAAAGAUUCCAGUUUCUUGAAGCUUUUUUCAACCAAGAAUUUGUGCUUAAGAUCAAAUUUGAUAUUUUUUAACUGGUUGGUAGUAGCACUGGUAUACUUUGGACUGGCACUGAACUCAGAAAAUCUGAAUGGAAGUCUGUACCUCAACUUUGCAUUGUCUGGGCUUGUAGAAAUACCCGCCUAUUUUCUUGUGAUAUUUCUUGUGGAUCGUGUUGGAAGGCGGAGACUGUACUGUUUCUGGAUGAUUGUUGGUGGAGUGUCGUGUUUGUCAACCAUCUUUUCUAUAGAGUAUGAACCAAAAGGGUCCGAUGUUAUAACUGUAGUGUUAGCAAUGUUUGGAAGGCUGUGUGUGACAGGAGCUUAUUGUGUGGCAUACAUUCAUAGUGCCGAGUUAUUUCCUACUGUUGUACGUAAUGCUGGAAUGGGAAUGGCUUCCCUCUUUGCCAGAUUGGGAACAAUGAUUGCUCCAUACAUUGUCACUGUUAGUGAAUCAUUAGGUGGUACUUUGAAAGAGGCUUUGCCGUUGUUGAUAUUCGGGGGAAUGGCACUCCUGUCUGGGCUGACAUCUUUACUCUUACCAGAAACACUGAAUAAACAUCUUCCAGAAACUGUUCAAGAUGGCGAGAGAUUUGGGAGAUCUGGUGCAUUUUAUUUUGUGCGUAGUUUGCGGCAUCAUCAAGACGAGUCAGACAAGAAUACAAAAGAACAGUAUGAAUCUGAACAUGAACUUUUACUUUCAACUGACAAAGCUACAUACUCUUGACAAAACUUCAAAUAUACACAAAAAUUAUGAAUAUUUACAAGUAUGUUUUGUACUGUGAAAUCAUUCAACUUCCAGGUGUAGGCCAGAACAGCUAUUUUUUUUGGGAUAUAAUGAUUUUGUGGUUUUACAAUAUUGAAUAUCUGAUAUACUGAAAUUGUAUUUGUUCAAUAAGCUUGGAUUUUGUAUAUUUACUCAACCAUGAAAAUUAGUCACCCACAAAUAUAAAUGAUUUCACAGUAUGUACAUUUGGUAUGCUAUCUAUAUGGUGGGAGAGACAAUGAUUUUGUCAUGUAUGUCCAUCUUCCAUUAGAUCACCACAAAAAGAGUGUCCAGGUUAAUUCAGUGAAUUUCCAACAAACUUGAUCAAGACGAGUAUCAAGCUUACUUUUACAUAUUGUAGUUUAACUAUUCAAAUAAUUCUCUUGUAAGUAAAUUGUAACAAACCUGCUGGACCUCUUGUUUAACACGACUCUUUAAUUGCUGGUUAAAUUUCAAUCAAGCAUUAAUAAAGGUCAAACAUUUUACUGCAGAAUGAUUUGGCAUAGUUUCUUUCAUAAAUAUUUUACAUGUAGCACAAGUUAGUGGCUUAGAUAUCGUGUUAGUGGCUCAAAUAUCGAGUCAUUUUAAAAUCAGGUCCUUUUAAUCAAUUUAAGAGUAUUUUUUUUACAAAGGUAGGCUUUUACACUCAAGCUUAAUGCAUUGAAUUUGCUUAAAGGUCCAUUACUAAGGGAAAGUGAGUUGGCAAUUUUUUUCAUAUCCAGUGCAUAGACUUCUGCAAGACACUAAAUAAUGAAGAUUGGCAGGUUAAAUUUUACAGAAGGUCUUUGGAACUCAAAGAAAUGUAUGUGUAUUAUGUUGAAAUUUCAAUGAAUCGACAGAAUGACCCCCCAGGUCUUUUUAACUUUCUUCAUACUUCAUAGAAAAAUAAUUGUACAUAUACUGCGAUUUAUUACGAAUUUCUACAUACCAACUUUCAUUUUCCAAUAAAAUGAAAUAGUUUCUGUGCUUUUUAAAAGAAAUUAAAAUGUUCACUUUCCUUAGUAUUGGACCUUUAAAUUACUGGCCUGUAAAAUCGCUAUUGACAGACUGUAAAUGCAAAUGAAUAUUUUCAUUGGCAGUGGGUUGAGAGACUUACACAUUUAAUGUUUAUUUUUUACAUGUUUAUUAUCAAUGCAUUAUGACAAUGUUAUUGCAUUAACUGAUACAAGAUGAUAUAAACAUGAUCUUUAUGAUUUAUGAUUUUGUGAGAUUAUAUUUGAACAAAUAAAUGCUUUAAAUAUUUUCAUAGUUUUUUGUCUGUUAUGGAAAGGGGCCACUGUGGCCAAGUGGUUAAGGCUGGUGACUUUGAAUCAUGUGCUGUGAGUUUGAAAUCUUGGUUCAUGU